UCAUCUUCCUCCUAGUUCUCCAUCCACAUCUUUCUCCUCCAUCCUCAUCUUCCUCUCCUCCCCCUCCUCCCCCCUCCCCAGGGGCCCCGCUCCAUGCUCCGCGGGAUGCGUGUUCCGAGCGCCAUCCCCCGCCCCGUGCCCGGCGGCGUGUGCGGGUGUGCAAUUGCACACUUCCUGCGGUGUGUGAGACCCGGCCCCGGUUUCCGGUAGCUGACAGCCGCCGCAGCCCGUCCCUGCCUCCUCCGGCGGUAGUGCCGCCGUGCCGGGCAGCUCGCACGGACACGGACACGCACGGGAGGAGGAGGAGGAGGAGAAGGAGGAGGGAAGAGGAGGGACCGGAGCACUCCCAGCACCAUCACCGAUCCCCCCAUGCGAUACGGGCGGCAUCGCGCAGCCCCGCGCUCCCGCGGACAAGCACCUGCAGGUGAAUGACAAGCAUGAGCCUGGAGGAGCACAAGUGUGAGUGCUGGGAUCCUGUUAUCUAAACUGUGUCUCCAACUGACUUAUAGCCACUCUACUGAUCCUGCACCAUGGAGGACUGCCUUCACACCUCCUCAGAAAACCUCUCCAAGCUGGUGAGCUGGGCCCACAGCCAUGGGACCAUAUGCAGCCUCAUCCCCAACCUCAAGCACCUGCUGUCUGAAGGGGCCCACGGCAACCUGACCGCCAUGUGGGGCUGCAGUGCUGGCCAUGCCUACCACUGGCCCCUGGCCGCCACUUGCCGGGCUGGCUCCCAGGAACGUGUCUGCUUCCAGGAUAGCCGCAGCUUCAACUCAGACAGUCCCAGCAUGUUGGGAGUGCCCUCUGAGGCACAGGCCAGCCCACUUGAGCGUUACCCAGGCCGGCCAGGGAAGGCUAAGUUGGACUGCACCCGCACCCGUGACUCCUGUGACUUCUCCUACUGCAGUGAACCCUCAGAGCUGGGCGAGCCAGUGGAGGAGUACGAAGAUGAGGCCACGCUCUUUGACAUGGUCUGUGAGUCCUCUGUCACAGAUGAGGACAGUGACUUUGAGCCACACCUCCACCGCAUGCCCGGCGGCCCUCGGAAGCGGCCACCGGCUGGGCUCCCUGCUGCUGCCCAGGCCCAGCCAGCUGACGAGGGCAGUGGCGAGGUUCUCCUGAAGAAGAUCAAGCAGGAGCUGCCCGAGGACUACUACAUCGUGGCCAAUGCUGAGCUGACGGCUGGUGCUGAUGGGCCAGCCCUGGCCCUCACCCAGAUGUCCAAGCCCAAAGCACCAGUGCAGGCUGGGCCCUCUGGCCUUGGUCCCACCAGGGCCCUACCCCUGCCUGCUGCUGGCCCCGACCCUGAUCCGCAGCACCUCUGUGCCUCCCCACCUGGCCCGCCCCGGCUCCCUGUGCAGAGACCUCCACGAGGUGCCCUGGCUUCUCCAGCUCGUGGGGCAAGCAAUGGCCCCCCACCUGCCCUGCAGGCACCAGCCACUAGCUCCAACACCACUGCUGUAGGGAAGGCCAUCAGCAUCCCUCUGUCAGCCCUGCAGCUGCCUGGGCAGGAGGAGGCCCCAGCCGCAGAAGAGACUCUGCUGCCUGCCCCACAGCCGGCCCCAGGGGGUGGUGAGGCAGCUGUGUCACCCUCAGUGAGCACAGAACCCGAGGUCAGCUCCAGCCAGCAGCAGCCCCCUGCUGCCCCUGCUGCUACACCUGAAGCUGCAGUCCCAUCAAUGCCAGACCAGGAUGAGAGAGCAGCAGAGCUCAGCAGGGAGCAGAACGAGAAGACCAUUCGCAGCACACAGACAGCUCUCCGCAAUUUCCGGGAGUUCCUCAUCUCCAAGUAUCCCUCUGAGACCCGGGAGAUCUACGUUAUCCCCUGCAAAGAGCUCGAUGCCUACCUUGCUUCAUUCUUUGUGGAUGCCAGGCAGAAGGAUGGGUCUGAAUAUGAGCCAAACAGUCUGGCUAACUAUCAGUGUGGGCUGGAGCGUUAUCUGAAGGAGCACAGGUACGGAUACAGUAUUACCAGGGAUAAGGAGUUCAAGAGGUCCCAAGAAGCCCUAAAACAAAAGCAGAUAGAGCUGAGGUGUAAAGGUAAAGGAAACAAGCCACACAAGUCCAUGAAGCUCACCUUUGCUGAUGAGCUUAUCUUGCGCAAAAGAGGCUUGUUGAGCCGGUACAAUCCCGAAGGGCUCUUGAACCUUGUCUGGCUAAACAACACUAAGGCAUUUGGACACUGCACAGGUUUUCAUGGGUCCACCCUCAAAUGGGGAGACAUCCGACUGCGGGUGACAGAGACUGGGUUGGAGUACCUGGAGUGGAUGGGACCGGACAAUGGAGAUAUCAGUGCCAAGAGCAAGAGAGGUGGGACAGACUCUCGGGUGUAUGCCACCCAGCACUCCCCACAGACCUGUCCUGUGCAAGACUACAAGGAGUAUGCCCAGAGGCGGCCUCCGGCCAUGCGCUAUGAGGAUGCACCUUUUUACCUGUCAAUCAAACCUGUCGUCAACCUGGCCGCCCUUCACUGGUACAAUUGCCAAGCUCUGGGGAAAAAUAAGCUUGCCAAGAUGGUAAAGACAAUGUGUGAGAAGGGCAACAUCCCUGGUAGGAAGACCAACUUCAGUGUCUACCAGAGCUGUAGCACAUUGUCAGAAGCUCAGAGCAACCAGCUUGUGCUGAUCUGCAAUAACUUGAGCCAGCAGGCUGCCCAGUCCAUGGCAAGCCAUACCAAUACUGGCAACUUCAUAGUGUCAGCAUCCUAUGACUCUUCCUCUGACACAGCUUGAAAGAGGGGUAUAACCUGGACAGAUUUUUCUCUUCUGUUUUGUUGCAAGUGUUGAGUUUGUGCCCAGUAAUACACAUCAACUGUGAUUGUACACUACUCUCCCACAGCCCUCUUUCCAGUGUUAAUUCACUUUAUAAAAAUAUAUAAAUCUAUAAUAUAUUUUUCUUUUUACAGAUAAGUCAAUAGAGAUAGUUUAGUAAUACUAACAUAGUAUUUAUAGUGUUAAUACAAAAAUGAAAGUUGCAUAUGGGUUAUAAUAUAAUUGUAGAUUUUAAAAGGACAAAAAUGGUUCUCAGGCAACACAAGAUAGACUGGAAAUACCCUUUUUAACAUGCACACAUCAGUGACUGUAAUUCCCCAGUGAGGCUUACGUAGCAAUUCUGUUUUAAAGCAUUUUUUUUUCACUUCUUAUUUUAACAUGGCCUCCUAGAGUGGAGGAGGCAAACCUACCACUGGCUGCUGCUUCUUACCUGCUGGCUUGUUCUUGAUCAGAAAUACAAGGAGAUAAGAGAUGCAUCAAUUGCUGGAUCUGCACGCUCUGCUGAGGAAGAGUGUGAAGAGAAGGCAGUCCAGCAUAAAGCAUGGCUAUCUUUCUAGCAGGAGAACUGGGACUGCACUUUCUGGGGAUGGUCCCCAUGCACCGAGCCUCCUUUGUAGCCAGGAGCACUGGCACAUCAUCCAAUAUCUCCCACGUCUGAUGGCCCUGUGCAGGGUGAGCACCUGUGGGUGUCACAGCACCUCUCUGAAAAAUCUGAGCCCUGGCCAGCCAGGUAAGGCCACUAUGCUUUUGCAAGCUGAGCAGGGAAAGGCCACAAGCACAAUUUGUUGAUGGUGGUGGUGAUGGACAGCCCUGUGUGCAUGAUGGACAUAUGCAACUGGCACAUGGGACUGUGAUGUAUCUCUGCGUAGGUUUUGGAAAGCUGAAGACCAGCAGGAAUGUGGAGGCUGGCUCUCCCUGAUGCUCUACUGCAUAACGUUAGCUGGCAAUGGAGUGAUCCUUUAGAUGAAGACGGGUUCCUCAGAGCCCCAGCAAACAGUGUAGCUGCAUGGCUGCCAGCUCUACCAGUGAAACCGGGUGCUGAUUCCACCCUGCCCCUGGGACUCUGCUGAGGUUGUCUGCCAGCACCUCGACUCUUCUGAAUCCAGCAGAGAGCCACUGACUGCAGCACAGCUUGGAAAGCCCCACAGCUUGGAGAUACCUGUGAGCUCAUUCAGAACUCUGACAAUGGCCAUUCACUGGAACAUAUUCAAAGCAAUGGGGAUGUCUAAAGCUUUAACUCCUAAUCUGAUGGGGAAAAAAUCGGAUUGGCACACAAUUUACUUGUUACAUGAACUGGUGGGUGUUAACAGUCUCUCAAAUCCAUGUCUCAAGUCAGGAAUUUAUUUUCUCACUGAAUCAUUUAAUGUUGAUUGGUAAGAUGGACAAAAUUUGUUUUUUGGUUUUUUGGUGUUUUGUUUUUUUUUUUUUUUAAUACAAAUGCCAUUAAAUGAGCUGUCUGUGCAUUGGAAAUGGACCUGCUGUUUCCAGGGGAUUAAGACACUUCUACCUUCUCUUAUAUUCUGGUGCUCAGCAUUCAUUACACAGCAGUCACCUAUCUCUGAAAAAAAAAACUAGUACCGUUUCAGAUCUUUAUUUGAUCUGUUGUAGUUAAUAUAAGAUUUACUCACAGUGUUUGGGAUUUCAUAUGGUGAAUGCUGACUUACUUUGAUGUUAACUUUCAUGGGGAUUCCCAACCUUCGGGAUUUUUGGCUAGCUCUGUUUUGUACAGUCCAUAAGCGUCAUGCAAAUAGCCAAACUACCAAGCAGGGGGAAAAGAAUCACGAAAAUAUACAAUGUUCUUUGCAAAUACUGUAUUAUUCUUACACUAGAAAAAUAAACUCCUAACAUUAAUUUUGCUGACACUAUCUUCACCAUUUCAGCUGUUCUUGUUGUGAACAGAGAAGACUGCGGUGUUCCUCAUGCCUAGAAUUUGAAUUGCUUUGUGAAGGCUUGUGAUCCUGCUGAGGUUGUCUUCUGCAUCAUCAUAGCGUGUUCUCAGCUGACCUGAAUAACAUGUAGCCUUAGGUAGCACCAGGUCUGCUCCACAUUGCUCCUGCCAGGAUUCCUCCUUCCUUUCUACUACAUUGCAUCCAGGCUGGGCAGCUCUGCACAAGGCUGGGUGUGAAAGGCAGAGCAGAAAUACCCACAGCACUCAAGACUCACAGGCAAAUUGUGACAUGGAAAGUGUUACAGGAGUCUGCAGGCUGGCAUGGGGAGAAGUGAGAAGUGGCUGGUAGUGCCCACAAGCCCCAAGUGCUGCUGGUGGGCAGAGCUCAGUAUGGAAUGCACCCCUGGGCCUCAUGUUUCUACCUACUUUGUUGUCACAGGUGGGUCUGAAACGUGCAGGAGAGGAUAUCACCUGGCCACUGCUUCAUAGUCAGGGCUCUGUCUGUGCCUGCAUGACCAACAUACCUCUGAGCCACCUCAAGACCUAUCAGACAAACCAGGUUAUUCAAGGCAUAAAACAAAGAAAUGGCAAAAUAUCUGAGUGUAGUGAAGGUAGUGGAAAGGCGGUAGAAAAGCCUGGCAAAUGCAAUAAAAGUUUUUGUGGUUUUUUGUGGGGGUUUUUUUUGUGCUUAUUUUUUAUUCUAAAAAGGCAAGCAUAAUCCUCAUCUUUAAGCCAUCCUUUAGUAUCCCACUUUGUGUUACACUGGAAUUAGAAAAUCUUUUCCAUUUGUUUUAAUUAUCUGCUGACUUUAAUUCUGCCUUUGAAAAAUGUUUUUGCUAUGACAACCCCAGCUAUCAUGGUGAGCAGCGUUAGGGAAAAACAGCUAAAGUGAAGCUUUUAUCUUUCCCCGCAUGCAGCGUUUAAUCUUUCUGAUCUUUUAAUGUGAAUGUGUUUUCUCCCAUUCUGAAAAUUGACAAGAUUAGGACCGUCUCUCCCAAAAUAGCAGUUUCAAAAGCAUGUUUUGCUUAAGCAUAGCUAGUGCAGUACAUAAUCAACUAGCACAGUGUGAGAGUUCCUGUUAGCAGUCCACUGAUUCUCAGAGUUAAACCUAUGUCUAAGGCUAAUUUCCACGUGCCAACUUUUCUAACUCUGCCUAAACUCAACUUUUUUAAGAACACUUUGUACAAAAAAAAAUAAUAAAAGUAGAUUUUAAUUCCCUUGUUUUAUAUAAAAAGGAUGUGAAAAGAUUCACUGUUCUGCCAAACAAUAAUAUUUCUAUGCAUUGUGUCCUUCAGUGGUGUUGCUGUUCAGGUUUUGCAUGUUUUCUGGAUGUUCUGAUAUCCGUACAUGUAUGUGGUACUUGUAGAAAUGCUGACCAUUGCUGCUAUGAUCACCGCCACUGAGAAACUGAGAGCUGUACUCAAAGCUGUGCCAGCCAGCAGGUAUUUCUGUGUGCGUCACAGUAAAUCUCUGUGUUAUGAUGUUGUUUCCUGUGUUAAACCAGCGUUCAGUGCCUUCUGGAGGAGGAACAAACAUGUUGCGGUGGGCAGGAGGUGCUGAACGUCUGGUGUCUCCUUCUGAACAGUUGAUCACUUAUCAGCUUGAUGCUUAAAAAAGUACAUAAAACAUCUCAUUUUUCUUUGAGGUAUCUUCUGAUCGGUUUUAAUUUGGAGUAAAAGAAUAAAGAUGCCCCACCACCCUGAUGGAGCUAAAGGCUCCUGCAGCCGUCUGCCAGCUGUGAAUGUGAGGGGUAAGGGGGAAUGUGCAGCACCCAAACGUUCCUGUGGGUAACAGGUCCGGUGAUCAUUCAAGCCUGUGAGAGCUGCUGUGGAGCUUGCUAAAAACGCCUGCUAAUGAAAGCAAUCCUCUGGUUACUGUAAGGAACUACCAGCUCUCCUAGCAGCUGUGAGCCUGCCCUGUAAACAAGUGUCAGCCUGGUCAAGUGGUGGAUUCCAGUUCCUUUCCUGCAUCCGCUGAAGCCACACGUUGCUGCCAAAUGAGCCUUGGAUGAAAUUCAAGCCCAAGAUUUUUAGUCUCGUUCUUUCCAAUUGCUUUCAUGACAGAUGGGCCCUGUUUAUCAAAAUUCUGACACCGCAUUUUCAGCUCCUUUUCCACCUUCCCCUUAGAAUCUGGCAGUGUAACAGAUACACACAUGCACAGAAUUAAUUCUGACUUCACUAGGAUUUUGACAGGCUGAAAUCACACCAUAUUGUAUUUGUACAACAGAAACAAGCUGUGGGUAAAAGCGUGAUCUGCCACAGAUCCCUGCCACCAUCAGGCAUGGUCAGCUGCAACUUUAAGGUCCAUGAAACAGUCCUCCAGGACAGCAAAAAAGCUGGUAGAAGGUCUGGAAGGCAGGUGCUGUGAGGAGAGGUGGGCAGACCUGGGUUAUCCUGUCUGAAGGAGGCAGAGGAGUGCUUACCGCUCUGCAGAUCCUUGAGGGGAAGCAGAGGGACAUGCUGGGCUCUGCUCCCUGGUGGGACAGAACAUGAAGGAAUGGCACACGACUGCACCUGGGGAGGAUGAGACCAGGCACUGGGAAGCAUUUCUUUACCAUGAGGGCAGUCAAACACUGGAACAGGCUUCCUAGAGGUGUCUGAUCCCCCACAGCUUUCAGUGGACAAGUAGAAUCUGGGCAAUGCUCUCAGUGACAUGCUUUAACUGUUGAUUAGCAAUUGAUGUUGAGUGAAGGCUCCUUCCCACUGGGUUGUUCUGAAUGUUUCUAGUUCUUAGUCCUCCAGUCCAACCAAUUGCAGAAACUGACCUACUAAUUGCAACCUACUGUAGGGAACCUGUUUUGGAGUGGAGGAUCUCCAGAAGUCUCUUCCAACCCCUAUAAUCUGGUGAUUCUGCAACUCCAUAAUGGGUAAUUGGCCAUUAUAGCUCCUUCCCACACACUGACCCAGCCUGCCAAAAGGUGUGUCAGGCUCCUGGAGAACUGUAGUUGUAUAUUCCCAUCUUCACUUUGGCUGCAGCUAUAUCUACACUGCUUUCAGCUUAGAUUUGAAUCAGAAGAGCAACCAGAACCAUUUAUUUAGCUCUUUGCACACUGGAAAUCCAGUUGUUGUUCUACAGAUGCAAACAUGGCAUUAGGUUUUUGCCUAUUGCCUGCAGUGUGUCAGCGGUUUUCCUGGCAUUUGUUUGUUUUUCACCACAAGAAGCAAAUGGGCUGAAGUUAACGCUGUAGUGGAUUAGAUGCCACCACCCCAUCAGCGUGAUGCCUUCUGUGUGCAUGCUGUCUGUCAUAAGCUCUCGUAAUUGCAUUUUGUCCUGAGAGCAGCUUGGUGCAGGAAAAGCUCCUUGCUUUUUAUUAUUGUUAUUAAAUAAUAAAAUAGAACCCUGUUGCAUUUCUGUCUGUGCUGCUGAAAGGAGACAAGAGAGAAUUUAUCCAUCCAAACCCUGCUGGAAUUAGGGGACCAACUUAGGUUUCUUUGGACCCCUUUGCAAGCCCCAGUUAUAAUCCACUAUAUUAGGCACAGAUGUUAACUUGAGCAGUGAUACCUUUCUAACAACAUUUUUAAAUGCAGUUUUUCUGUGGGACCUUCUCAUACUCACCUCUUGCCUCUGCAUUUGGGAAUUUAUGUAUUUGUUGGGGAGAAGGAAGAUUUUAAUACAUUUUAAUGCAUUAAUGCUUCGCAAAUCCAGAAUAUCUGAGGGAGAAAGGAGGUUUACUGGAUUUUAUUUUCAUUUUUUCUGAAGACAUCAGGAAAAUUGUCAACCCCAGCCCUUGUUUGGAGCUACCUGUUCAACUUCAAACCUGAUUCAUUCUGUAUCUGAAAAAAAUAAAAUAAAUGAAGAGACCUGGGGAAAAAAAAAAAAAAAGAUGAAGAAAAAGGCUUCACUGAUAAAUGAGGAAAGAUUCCAUGGCCUUAUUGAGCAGUAGGUCCCCAGAUGGGUUCCCAAGUCCGCCAACCCUUUUACUUGAUGGCUGGGUGGGUUUGAACUCACGUGGAUGCCACUUGCUCUUUCUGCAGCAGAUUUCUAAGAAGCGAACCUCAGAUUGGGUGGGAUCCUUGAGAACGAUAUCCCCAUCAGUCUCAUGACACCUUUGUGCCAAUAGUACUUUUUUCCCCCUCUGCAAAAGGCUCCACUUCUCUUUACUGGGGGUGGAGUAAAGAGAUGCUUUGCUGCCGUCAGUUGCACCACACUUCAGCCAGAUGUCUCCUUAGCUUCCCCAAAAAACACUCCUUCCAUGAUUGAGUUGAGUGUAAGAUUUAUUAAAUAAGAAGACAGUAAAAUGAAGAGGUCUUUUUUGUUUGUUUGUUUUUGCUUUUUUUUAGUGGUCUGGAUUUCAUCCCUUGCUCACUUAUCCAAUAACUGGGCUUUUAUGAAGCAUGAGUUCACUCAUACGUUAAUUGGAGUAUUCACUUUCACCAGUCUGCAGAUUCCAGCGACACUCUGAUCUUCAUCAGCUCUGCUUUUAUCCCCCUGUGAUAACCUUUAUCAUGUCUGGUUCUGCUGCCUUAGAGGUUGAUUUCACUGUCCGUACGACAUUUGCUACUGCUGUAGUGUGACUUUUUAUUUCUGUUUAUUAAUAUUUGCAUUGGUACAGCCUUAAACUUACUGAAUUAAAAAUCAUUUCAGAGAUAAUCAAGGUAGUCAUUGAUGUCUGUGAUAAGUGCAUGCUUUAUUCACAGUAUUUUGUCUGUAAUUAGGUGUAGCGACCGGUUCUCAUAUAUUUAAUAAACUGUCUUCUGCAA